AUGGCCCCCUAUCUCUUUCUCUGCCUAUUCCUCUUCUUUCCCCAUCUUUAUGCUUCUUUUUCUUCUUCAGGAUCUCACUCCUGCUCUUCACUAAUCCAGUUCAAGAAUUCUUUUUCCAUCACUCAGACAGAGUAUGCUUCUUUCUAUUGCGAUCGUGUUGCUGGUCUUAAAUCUUAUCCCAAGACAAAUUCAUGGAAGGAGGGUACAGAUUGCUGCUCAUGGGAUGGGGUCACUUGUGACCACCUAAAUGCUCAUGUUAUUGCCCUUGACUUGAGCUGCAGUUGGCUAUAUGGCAACUUCCCUUCCAAUACCACUCUCUUCCUUCUUCCUCACCUUCAAAAACUCAACCUUGCCUACAAUGAUUUCAAUGAUUCCAAAAUUCCAUCCGAGUUCGGUCGGUUUACAAGCCUAUUCUACCUCAACCUUUCUUGUACAAGGUUUGUAGGAGAAGUCCCAUCCCAAGUCUCCCACCUGUCAAAAUUGGUUUCACUUGAUCUCUCCUCUGGGGGUUAUGUACAAACAAUUGACAAACAUGCUCUGGAGGGACUUGUUCACAACCUAACCGAGGUCAGACAUCUGUUUUUGGAUGGAAUGAACAUGUCUUCUGUUAACGCUCAUGUCUUCAUGAAUCUAUCCUCUUCUCUAAGGUCUCUCAGUCUUGCUCGUUGUGAUUUGCAAGGAAAAUUCCCAAAAAACAUUUUUGAUUUGCCAAACCUCAAUCUCCUCAACUUGGAAGGCAACCAAAACCUCAAUCUUGAUCCUUUGAAGUUCAAUCGGAGCAGCAAUCUUGAACAUUUGGAUCUGUCGUCCGUGUCCUUCUCUACAGAAUUAAUUGAUUCAGUUGAUAAUCUACAGGCCCUAAAGUACUUAGAUCUAUCAGGAAAUUCUUUCUUUCAAGGAUUGUCUGUCUCAUUCACAAAUUUAUCAUCUUUGGAGUACUUGAUUCUUAGGGGCGCAAAUUUUUGUGGAGGAUUGCCUGACUCGAUGGGGAAUCUUGUGUCCUUGAAGUUUUUAGAUCUCUCCAAUUCCAACUUAUCAGGACCGCUUCCAAGAUCACUGGGAAACCUCUUGCAACUCACUUAUUUAGACUUGAGAUCAAACAAAUUGAGUGGACAAAUUCCAUUGUCAAUUCUAAACCUAACGCAGUUGGAAUACUUGGAAAUAGCUGAAAAUUUUUUAGAAGGUUCCAUUCCAGAUGAUGUAACCGCUUUUCCUAAUCUAAUAUCUUUAGACUUAUUUGACAAUUUACUCAAUGGAACACUUCCGUCAUGGUUGUAUACUACUCCCUCAUUAAAUGGUAUAGAUCUCUCUCAAAAUCAAUUCAGUGGGCAUAUCAAAGAAUUCCAAUCCAAAUCACUAGCAUUGAUACGCUUAGAGAAUAAUAAACUCCAAGGUCCUCUUCCAUCUUCAAUAUCCCAACUUCUCAAUCUUACCUGGCUCGAUUUAUCCUCAAAUAAUCUUAGUGGUGUCGUAGAGUUUCGCAUGUUCUCAAACCUUCCAAAUCUCGAACUUCUUGACCUUUCAUAUAACAGCCUAUCCUUAACAUCUAAUACUACUUCUACUGGCUUAAAAGUUUGGAAAGCUUAG